AUGAACAAGAGGAAAUUUUUAGGGUUGCUUUUGAUCAUUCAACUCACCUUGUUGCUAUUGUUUGGUCAAGUGACGUAUGGUGCAUUUGGUAGCAGCGAUAGCAGCAAUUAUCAAGAUUAUGACGAAUCAAAGCUUUACGUAAUGUGGGUCGAGCACAGUCACUGUGAUUUGGGUUGGUUGUCAACUGUCGAAGAAUACUAUGACACCCAAGUACAAAACAUUCUCGAUCGUAUCCUCGAUCAUUUGACAGAUGAUAGUUCAAAGAGAUUUAUUUGGUCAGAGAUAGGGUAUUUAGAAAUGUGGUGGAAUGUUCAAAGUUUAGAGAGAAGAUCACAAUUUAAACAAUUGGUGGAUAAUGGACAAUUGGAGAUUAUCGGAGGUGGAUGGGUGAUGAAUGAUGAAGCUCUUCCUGUGACGGUUGAUGUACUCGACCAGAUUACAGAGGGACAUCAAUGGGUACUUAAAAACUUGAACACGACAGUGCGACACGGCUGGCAGAUCGACCCGUUUGGCCAUUCGAGCCAGACUGCUUCGCUGUACCCUGCACUCGGGUUCCAGUCAUUUGUGGCGGCCAGAUUAUCAGACACGCUCAAAGCGUCGAUGCGAGAGACACAAGAGCUGCAGUUUGUGUGGGAGGGGUCGCCUUCGCUCAACAAUUCAAGAUUGUUUGUCAAUACGCUAUACAAAGCAUAUGGCUAUUCAGGCGGUCCAAAGUAUCCCGACGAGAUAGACUAUGACGAUUUUGUCAGCGAGAUUCAAAUCUAUCGUGACCGAUUUGCAGAUGGUCUGCGUACCAUUGCCGAUGCCUAUCGUACCAAUGUCAUCCUCGUCACUUUUGGAGACGACUUUGCCUAUCAAAGUGACCAAGACUUUACAAAGGGUGAUUACCUCAUCGAUCAGUUGAACGAACAUUUCGACGACAUGGUAGUGACCCGUUCCACGCUCACCGAGUACUACAACUUUCUCCAAUUUGCAAUGAAAACAAAACAAUCAACCGUUCCAUUAUUCAAAAAAGAUUUCUUCCCCUAUAUUACCGAAUCUUCAAACCCUUGGACUGGAUUUUAUACAUCAAGACCAAUUGCAAAAAGACAAAUUAGAGAAAUAUCAUCUUUAAUUAGAAGUACUGAUUUUAUUUAUAGUAUUGCAUCAGCCAAGGCAGCUACAAUGUCUCAAGAUAUUGCUACCAAUUUUUAUAAUUUAUUCCCUUCAAUUCAAUUUGCAAGAAGAAUGUUGGCAAUUACUCAACAUCAUGAUGCAGUAACUGGAACAGCAAGAAGUUAUGUAAUGUAUGAUUAUUUAUUAAAGUUGACAAGUGCAAGACAAAUGUGUAACGAUAUCAUGUCAAAAUCAAUGGAAUUGUUGUUAUUGUCAAAUGCAAACGAUGGUGUGAUUGACGCGACUAAUAAUGUCAUUGACCAAGACCAAGAAAACAAUUUAUUUAAUUUGCAACAAACCAUUGUCAUUGACAGCUUGAAAACAUUGAAGCGAAAUGAUUCCUAUUCGGUGGUCAUAUUCAAUUCAUUGGGAUGGAUUCGUAAGGAAAUUGUAUCGAUCCGUGUCAAUUGUAGUGAAACGUCUCUGUUGAAUAGACUGGUCAUUGCCGAUGAAAAUGGUGUUUCUCAGACACUCCAAAUCGUCCCCAUCGUUUUACAACGUCGUUGUAUUCGUGAUCAACCCACUAGCCAAUACUCUGUCUAUUUCACCGCAAAUGUAAAGCCAUUGGGUAUCUCUACCUAUUUCAUUUCACUUGCGUCAUCUCCCAUCCAACCACUCGUCUACGAUCCAUCAAACGUUCAACCAAUUCAUCGUAACAGACAGACCCAACCCCUAACCCUAUCCAACCAACUUAACAACAUUGAAUUUAAUUCAAAAGGUAUAAUGAAAUCAAUUCAAAAGAAUAAUAAUUCAUUCAUUAAUAUUACCAAUUCUUUGAGUCAAUAUUCUACAACAGAGAGUGGAGCAUAUAUAUUUGUUGCAGAUUCGGAUCCUAAAAAGGUCAUUUUUGGAAAUCAUCAUAAUGAUGACGAUGAAAAGAUUAAAGUAUUCAAGAUUACUGGUCAUUUAUUUGAUUCAAUUGUUCAUUAUCAAUAUUUAGAGGAGGAUCAAGAUGAUAAUGAUGAUUGUUUACCAACUUCAACUCAAUAUGUUAGAUUGUACAAAGAUACAAAUCAAACAGACAAAGAUUUGAUUGAAUUGGGAUAUCGUGUCAAAGGUGAACCUAACAAGGAAACUGUGAUUGACCUUGAAACCAGUCUCAUCAACCAACAAUACAAGUAUUUUAUGGAUAACGGUAUGGAGAGCAGAGUAAGACACUGUUGUGAUGAAUCUGUUCCCAUUGGUCAACGUUACUAUCCUCUCAUCAAUUCGAUCGAUAUUAAAGACCGUCAAUUACAAUUCACUGUCUUUUCCGAUCGAUCAUUGGGCUCUACAGUUCCUAGACUAGGUGAGAUUGAAGUAAUGAUUCAUCGUAAUCUUCAACAAGAUGAUUACCGUGGUCUUGGAUUCGCACAAAAAGAUAGUACCACCGUCGACGGUAAACUCUUUAUCAACUUUGAUUCUAUUCAAAAUUCACUACAAAUUCAAAAGAAAUUAUCAACUAUAAUUAAUAGUCCUUUAGUAAUUGGAAUGAAAAGAAUUAAAUCUGUUGAAAAAUAUAAAUUAGAAUAUUCAACGAGUUUGGGAUUAUUUAAUAGUGAUGAUGAUGAAUUACCAUUAAAUCUUCAUCUCAUGACACUUAAAUAUCAUGAUGACGUGACUGAAUUUUCUUCCACCUCUUUGCCAACACUUCACCUUCGAGUACAACAUUUAUUCGCAGCUAGCCAAGACCCAACCUAUUCACUUCCCAUCCAACUAUCCUCUUCAAACAUCUUUAACAACUCGCUAUUGACAGUUUCCAAUGUACAUGAAACAUUAUUGGAUGGCAUUGAUCUCGACACUCAUCAAACCUUGGGACACCCCUCUUCACUAUCACUCGAUGACAUUGUGAUUGAUGGUGAAUUCAGUCUCAGUCACAAGUGUUCUGGAGAAUCAGAAUUCAAUCCAGGAACACAUUAUAUUUCAUUUAAAAAAAUUAAUACUAUCAAUAAUAAUGACUUAUUGAGCAAUUCAAGUCAAAGUUUUAAUAAUAGUAAUAAUAAUAAUAAUAAUAAUAAUAUUGGUGAUGUUGGUGAUGUUGGUGGAUAUGAUAUUAAACUUGGACCAUUACAAAUUAAAAAUUAUAAAUUACAAUUACAAUUUAAUCAUAAUCUUCAACAACAACAAGAACAACAAGAACAAUCUCCAUUAACUAUAUUUAAUCAACCACCAAGUCAUUUUAAUAUAUCGAUUUAUUAUACAUAUGACUUUUCACUUACACCUCUGGAUACUAGCCAUCUUGAAGAUAAAGGUAAAUUCUUCCACCCCUUUAUGCUACCAAAGUAUGUUGGUCCUCUCUUUUUCGCUGUUUGUGUGUGCGUAAGCGCUGCCAUUAUCGUCUAUAAGAAAAAGGAUGCCCUUAAAAACAAACAAGUUGGGUACAUUGAAUUAAAUCAAAUUAAUACUCAUAAUGAUUAA